AACAAAAAAAAUACGUUAUUAAUCUUAUUUCGCUCAGUAAUAAUCAGUACUUCGAGUAAGUAAAAUGCAAAAUACUGGGAAAUUAGCUGGGAAAACUUUGUUUGUAACCGGUGCAAGUCGCGGAAUUGGUUUAGCAAUUGCUUUAAAAGCAGCGAAAGAUGGUGCGAACAUAGUUUUAGCCGCAAAAACGGCCGAACCCCAUCCGAAACUCCCCGGUACUAUUUACACGGCAGCAAAAGAAAUCGAAAACGUCGGAGGAAAAGCUUUCCCUUGCAUCGUAGAUGUACGCGAUGAAAAACAAGUUCAAAAUGCGAUUAAAAAAACGAUCGAAAAAUUUGGCGGGAUUGAUAUCGUUGUUAACAAUGCUUCUGCAAUCUCAUUAACUGGUACUGUUGACACAGAAAUGAAACGAUUCGAUUUGAUGCAUCAAAUUAAUACGAGGGGGACUUUUAUGGUUAGUAAAGAGUGUAUUCCUUAUUUAAAAAAAAGUUCUCAUCCGCACAUUUUAAAUAUUUCUCCCCCGCUUAAUAUGCAUCCGGGGUGGUUUUCGAAAAGUGUUGCUUACACCAUGGCUAAAUAUGGAAUGUCAAUGUGUGCUUUGGGGAUGAGUAAGGAAUUAAAACAAUUUGGGAUUGGUGUUAAUGCUUUAUGGCCAAAAACAGUUGUAAAUACAGCCGCUGGGAGUAUGUUGAUUGGAAUUGAAGGUUUAUCUUACACUAGAAAACCAGAAAUAAUGGCAGAUGCCGCAUAUGCAAUUUUAACUUCAGACCCAAAAACUACAACAGGAAAUUUCUUUAUUGAUGAUGAAUUGCUUCUUAAGAGAGGAGUUAAAGAUUUCGAUCAAUACUGCGAAAAUACCAAAUAUAAAAAUCAAUUAUUAAAGGAUGGUUUUAUUGGAGAUCCAACUGAUGAAAAAAUGUAUUUUACGUCAGAUCCAAGGAAAUCACCAAUGUAUUCCGUUUAUUCAAAAUUAUAAUUUAACGAUAAAUAAAAAAAUUUUUUACGAAU